AUCCCAUCCCCCAUCGCGACACGGCACAACCCAAUCACACCCCAUCGCAUCCUCCCGUCCCCUCCGUCCCCCCCAUCACUAUAUCUCUUGUCGUCGCUACCACUCUCUCUACCUCCUCUACUCUCACUCUCAUCCACAACACACACAUUCACACACACACCCUCACACCAUGGACAACUUCACAGACAAGUCGUCCGAGGCCAUCAAGGCCUCGUUUGAAAAGGCAGAGGAGAUGGGCAACUCGCAAGUCCAUCCCCUGCACCUCACACUCGUCCUCUGGGAUGAGUCGACCGCGGCCGAGACUUCUGGCCAGCCAACACUGCUCCGGGAAGCGAUCGAGAAGGUCGGCGGACAGGUCCAGGUCUUCAACCGUCAGCUGUUGUCAAGGCUCAACAAGCUCCCCGUCGUCGAGCCCGCACCCUCCCCUCCCCUCCCCCUCACAAACUCGUACCACGCCGUCCUCAAGGAGGCCCAGAAGCUCCAGAAGGACAAUGGCGACCAGUUUGUAGCCAUCGACCACCUCCUCCUCGCCCUCAUCCACACCGACCACUCCGAGCUCAAGGACAUUCUCAAGGCCGCCAACGUCAAGCCAAAGGACCUCGAGGACGAGAUCAAGCGCAAGCGUGGCUCGCGCAAGGCCGACUCGCGCGGCGCCGAGGACCAGUUCGAGUCGCUCAAGAAGUACUGCGUCGACUACACCGAGCUCGCGGCCGAGGGCAAGCUCGACCCCGUCAUUGGCCGUGACAACGAGAUCCGCAGAGUCAUCCGCGUCCUCGCCCGUCGCACAAAGGGUAACCCCGUCCUCAUCGGUGAGCCCGGUGUCGGUAAGACGGCCAUCGUCGAGGGCCUCGCACAGCGUAUCGUCGACCGCGACGUCCCCGCCUCCCUCAUCUCCCGCCUCCUCUCCCUCGACAUGGGUGCCCUCAUGGCCGGCGCAAAGUACAAGGGCGAGUACGAGGAGCGAAUCAAGGCCGUCCUGUCCGAAGUCGAGAAGUCUGGCGACGAGGGAACGCAGAUCAUCUUGUUCAUCGACGAGAUGCAUCUCAUCAUGGCCGGCAAGGACUCGUCCGGUGGCAUGGACGCCGCCAACCUCCUCAAGCCGAUGCUCGCCCGUGGCAAGCUCAAGGUCAUUGGUGCCACUACCCUAAACGAGUACCGCGAGAACAUUGAGAAGGACUCUGCCUUUGAGCGUCGAUUCGCCCAGGUCAUUGUCGAGGAGCCCUCAGUCCCCGACACUGUCGCCAUCAUGCGUGGUAUCCGUGAAAAGUACGAGACCCACCACGGUGUCCGUGUCAUGGACUCGGCACUCGUCCUCGCCGCCCAGCUCGCCAAGCAGUACCUUACUUCUCGCCGACUCCCCGACUCGGCCAUCGACCUUCUCGACGAGGCCGCCUCGGCCGUCAAGGUUGCCCGCGAGACCCGCCCCGAGGCCAUCGACGACCUCGAGCGCAAGAAGCUCGGCCUCGAGGUCGAGAUCCACGCCCUCGAGCGUGAGAAGGACGACGCGUCCAAGGAGCGUCUGGAGAAGGCCAAGAAGGCCAUUGCCGACAUCCAGGACUCGCUCGGCCCCCUCAAGCGCGAGUACGAGAACGACAAGCGCCUCGGUGACCAGAUCCACGAGGUCCGCCGCAAGAUUGACGAGCUGCGCGCCAAGGCCGACGACGCUGAGCGUCGCUACGACCUCGCCACGGCCGCCGACAUCCGUUACCAGGCCAUUCCCCAGCGUGAGGCCAAGCUCAAGGAGCUCGAGGCCAAGGAGGCCGAGAAGGGCGCGUACAUGAAGGAGGUCACCCCCGAGAUGAUCGCCGAAGUCGUCGCCAAGUGGACCGGUGUCCCCACCCAGAGUCUUGUCGAGACCGAGAAGACCAAGCUGCUGCGUCUCGAGAAGCUCCUCAGCAAGAAGGUCAUCGGCCAGCCCGAGGCUGUCAAGGCUGUCGCCAACGCCAUCCGUCUCAGCCGUUCGGGUCUCUCCAACGCCAACCGCCCCAUCGCGUCCUUCCUGCUUGUCGGUCCCUCGGGUACCGGUAAGACGCUCCUGGCCAAGACGCUCGCCAAGGUCAUGUUCAACUCGGAGGACGCCAUGGUCCGUAUCGACGCUUCCGAGUACUCUGAGCGCCACUCGAUCUCGCGUCUGAUUGGUGCCGGCCCCGGUUACAUUGGCCACGAGUCUGGUGGCCAGCUCACCGAGGCUGUCCGUCGCAAGCCCUACUCGCUCAUCCUCAUCGACGAGAUUGAGAAGGCUGCCCGCGAGUUCCACCAGCUCUUCCUCCAGGUGCUCGACGACGGUCGUCUUACCGACGGCAAAGGACGUGUGGUCGACUUCCGCAACACCAUCAUCAUGAUGACCUCCAACACUGGUUCCGUCUACCUCAACGAGAACCCCAGCGAGGGUCCUGUCAAGCCCGAGGUGCGCGAAAAGGUCAUGGGUGCCAUCCAGGCCACGUUCCCUCCCGAGUUCAUCAACCGUAUCGACGAGAUCAUCCUCUACCGCUCGCUCAGCCGCCACGACAUGCGCCGCAUCGUCAAUGUCCGUCUGCAGGAGGUGCAGGAACGUCUCGAGGCGAACAACAAGAAGAUCAAGCUGGCUGCCGACGAUUCGGCGCAGGAGUGGCUCGCCAACGCAGGCUACUCGCCCUCGUAUGGUGCCCGCCCGCUCGCGCGUCUCAUCCAGUCCGACAUCCUCAACCCACUCUCCAAGCUCAUCCUCCAGGCGCGCAUCCGCGACGGAGAGACGGCCAACGUCACGACCGACCACGUCAAGAACCGUCUGGUUGUUGUUCCCAACCACGACGCCGACGUCACCGAGCCAGACGACGAGGACUCGGACCUCGACGACGGCAUGGACGUCGAGGUCGAGGAGGUCGAUUAGGACAACUCCGGUAGGCGGGGUACAAAAAGGUCCAAGGAGGCCGCGACAACGCCACAAAAGGGCUCCUCUACUCAAUCACCAUCACAACAAGCAAAGCGCAACAGGAAGAAGUAGCAGUUGGACGGAGGACGAGGACGAGAUGGCGGACACGACGGACGUAACUCUUUGGGGAUGUAACUCAUAGAUUCGCGCAUGAAACGCGCAUGCAUAUUUAUUCGUUGGCA